AUGGCCCCAGAGGCUGGAGGGAACCUGACUCUUUCGCCUGGCUUUAUCCUCCUGGGUUUCUCUGAAGUCCCAGAGCUCCAACCCACCAUCUUCACCCUUUUCUUCUCUCUCUAUGCUUUCGUGGUGCUGGGCAACCUGAGCAUGCUGCUGCUGAUCAAGGCUGACCCCCAGCUCCACUCCCCCAUGUACUUCUUCUUGACCCACUUAGCUCUCAUCGACAUCUGCCUUUCCUCUGCCAUCAGCCCCAAAGCUCUGGAGACCUUCCUGCUGGGGAGAAGCCACAUCUCUUUCUUGGGUUGCUUUGCCCAGAUGUAUUUGCACCUUGCUCUGAUCAUCUCAGAGUGCCUCCUCCUGGGGGUGAUGGCUUACGACCGCUACGUGGCCGUGUGCCAGCCGCUGCUGUACGCCGCCACCGUGUCCAAGGCACGCUGCUGCAGCCUGAUGGUGCUGGUGUACACCCUGGGCUUCCUCAGCUCCCUGCUGCACUGUGCCCUGGCAGGGAGGUUGUCCUUCUGCCGAGCCAGGAGCAUCAACCACUUCUUCUGCGAGCUGCCCACCCUCCUGCGGCUCUCCUGCUCCGACAGCCGCCCGAACGAGACCUUCCAGGCUGUCCAGGCUGGGCUUUACAUCAUGAGCUCCCUCCUGAUGAUCCUCUUUUCCUACACCUCCAUCCUCCACGCCAUCCUGCAGAUCCCUGGGGCCAGGGGGAGGCUUAAAGCCUUCUCCACCUGCACUUCCCACCUGAUUGCUGUCGCCGGCUUCUACGCCCCGGGGGUGAUUGCCUACCUUCAGCCUGGCCAGGGGCGCCGGUGGCAGGGGACAAAGCUGGUUUCAGCCUGGUACACCAUCCUGACUCCCAGCCUCAACCCCCUCAUCUACAGCCUGAGGAACGAGGAGGUGAAGGGGGCCCUGAGGAGGAUGUGGGUGAGGAAGCUGGGGCCACAUCUAGCCAGGUUUGGAAAAGGUAUUUCAGCACCCUGGAGGGAAUGA